AUGGUUCACACCUUGUUAACACAACCAUUAGCCUUCCUUUACAUUCGCUGAUGGUUGAUUUACAUUUGCGACUAAAUAGCAUCUUUAUUGCUGUUGACCGAGGGUUUGCGGACAUGUGGACAAUACAGGAGCAUUUGAUAUAAAACCUAGAGCUUCCAAAGCUCUCCAGUCACUCCAACUGAGAACUUCCGUUUGAAUGAGUGUGGACACUCGUGCACAAGGAACCAGAAACCAUGAUUAUUAAUUCUGAGAUGAUGGCUGCUUUUGUGGCGUUUGUUUCCACUAUCAUGGGCUUUGCUGUUGCAAGGCCUUCACUGGAAUAUUUUGACAAUCCUUUUGCUGUAGAGAACGAAUCCAAAGAGGUCCGGUCUGCGGCCAUUAAACGGCUCCUUGAGGUGUUCGGAAUGGAGGAUCCACCUCUUCCUCGAGGUCACAAACAACCCCCUCAGUACAUGCUUGACUUGUAUAACACUGUUGCAGAUGUGGACGGCGUCACUAAAGAUCCCUACCUUCUUGAGGGGAAUACAGUUCGCAGUUUCUUCGACAAAUUGCACAGCGAACAAGUCGAAUUCCUUUUUAAUUUGUCCACGGUUGCCAGAAGUGAGAAAGUUCUUACUGCUGAACUCCAUCUAUUCAAGUUGCGACCACAGGCUUCAUCGCAUUUUAAUAGAUAUCAUUUCUGCCAGGUCAGUGUUUAUCAGGUCCUUGAUACUACCAAAAGGAACAUGACUCAGGGAAAAAAGCUGCUAUCCUCUCGACUAAUCCCUGUACACUCCACUGGCUGGGAGGUCUUCACUAUUACACAAGCAGUACGCUCUUGGAUGACGGACGAAGGUAGCAACUUGGGGCUGAUGGUGACGGUGAAAACUCUGGGAGGAAGCCAGAUGGACACGAAGGUUGUUCGCUUUGCUUUGGGUCGCAAUCAUCACCAGAGCAAGCAGCCUAUGCUGGUCCUCUUCACUGACGACGGCCGCCGUUCAGCCUCAGUCGAGCACAUAAAAAAUCUCAAUGAUAGCCCCGCGCCCCCCAGCCUGCCACAUCUACCCAUGCCAGCAGCUGCCCGCCGUAGCGCCCGCGCCUCGGACUACGGGGGCGAGGACGAAGGCGAGAAAACCUACUGCCAGCGCCAGCCGCUCUACGUGGACUUUGAGGAGAUCGGCUGGUCCGGUUGGAUCGUGUCUCCGCGGGGUUACAACGCCUACCACUGCAAAGGCUCCUGCCCCUUCCCGCUGGGCCAGAACAUGAGGCCUACCAACCACGCCACCGUCCAGUCCAUCAUCAAUGCCCUCAAGCUGACCAAGGGCAUCGAGACGCCGUGCUGCGUACCCGACAAGCUCUUCUCCAUCAACCUGCUCUACUUCGACGACGAGGAGAACGUGGUGCUGAAGCAGUACGACGACAUGGUGGCAGGGAGCUGCGGCUGUCACUGAGGCAGCCUCUCUGUGGGUGUCACUGAGGCAGCCUCUGUGGCUGUCACUGAGGCAGCCUCU